AUGCACAACGCCACAGCGCCGGACGUGCAGCACUGGGAAAGAGUCUUUGGGUGUGAGGAAGAACAGUACCUUGGUCACUUAGCAAGUACCUUAAGCCAUUUAGUGACUGAUAUAAACCAGGAACACAGUAACAAACAUAGACACUUAGCAA